AUGGAGGGGACGCAGGCCUCCAGGACGGCCGCCAUGGCGCAGCAGGGCGAGGCCUCCUCCGCCCUCCCUGGCUCGAUGCCGCUCCCGAGAUGGUGGUCGCCUUCCCGGAGCUGCUGCUGCCGGCGACCUACGCGAGCAGCUCCCCGAGUUGCUGGCGUCGUUCUCGACUUGCACCUACCGGCACCACUCAGUACAGCUGCAACCGGCCACAUCCCCAAUCUACUACGCCCGCUCCAGUAUACACUAAAGUUCAUGAAUAUGUAUGCGGCCGAACCCCCGGCAGGGUUAGCCAUCGUGUUGCGCUCGGGGAUGGAACGAAGAGGCGCGGAUGGGGAUCCACCUAUCCAGUGGAGCAGACCAAUGCGCAGCUUCCUUAUCAGCGACAGCAAGAGUCGCUUUGAUGGGAAGUUGAGGGCGCAAGUAGAAGGCAGCAGUAGCAGCAGCUUAGCCUCCAUCAGUGGCAGCAGCAGUAGAACACCCUCCUAAUACUGUAGCAAGUCACGGUGUUGGCGGACCAUGUCCCAGUGGUCGUUGAGCGCAAAGGGCACGUUCUCUGGUUAGCAUCUUCGUUUGCGCCGGGUGGUUUGCACAGAAGGGUGGAAUUGCCUAGCAAUUGAUGCAACACCUGAGUAGCAGAUGCUGCCAUAAUAGACUUUCAUUUAUGAUAGUUGUCAAGCCUUCUUUUCAU